AUGAGAGCAAGCGCACAAGAGGUGGUUCGAGCACAGGCCAUUGUGCGGGGCUACCUCACCCGACGCAAAUACGCCCCCUUACUGAAGAGAGCGCGGAAGCGGACCCAAAUUGUGGGCGAAAUACUCGACACGGAGCGCACCUACGUGCAGGGCCUACACGUCAUCGUGGGGGUGUUCCUCAAUCCGCUCCGCAGUGCUCUAUCGGGACCAUGCCCUGUCAUCGACACGCAAUCCCUCACCCAGAUAUUCUCGAUUGUGGAAGCGCUCCUGGCUGUGAAUCAGGAGCUGCUGAAGAAUCUGGAGCAGCGGUACAAGCACUGGUCGCAGCGCCAGACCAUCGGCGACGUGUUCCUCCAGAUGAGUCCACACUUGAAGGGCUACAGCGAGUACUGCCGCAACUAUGACUAUGCCGUGAGCUACCUCGAUCGCUUGCAAGCCUCCACGCCCGCUCUCGCCCAUUUCAUAUGCAGCGGUUUCCCUGAGGCCAAGGGCUUGAGCCUGUCGUCGUAUCUCAUCAUGCCCGUGCAGAGGAUCCCACGCUACACGCUCCUCAUUCAGGAUCUGCUCAAGCACACGGACGAGUCCCAUCCCGACCACCAGAACCUGAGCCAGGCCCACGUCCGCAUCCAACAGGUCGCGGACUACGUCAACAACAGCAUGCAGAUGGCGUUGACCAAUUCGGUCAUCCUACGCAUACAGCGGCACCUGGGCGCAGACAUCACCCAAUUAUUGGACUCGACCUGCGUGUUCAAGAAGGAGGGCAAGUUUCGCCGCAUCAAGCAGGGGGGCAAGGCGACCGACCGCCUGCAGAUGUUUCUCUUCAACGACCUCCUGCUCGUCGCCGAGAAGAGCUUCGGCCACAUUCGCUCGUACAAGUGGAAGGUCAACAUUCCGAUGAAGGGCCUGUGGCUGCAGGACAUUCCAGACAACUCCCUACCAGAUCUGCCCAAGACGUAUAAGAAUCUGUUCUAUCUGGUGGGUCCGAAGAAGGCCUGGAUCGUCUUCCCCAAGAAGGGCACCCUCCAGGAAAAGAACAACUGGAUGCGCGACCUGCAACAGUGCAUUGACGACCACAUCGCCAAGCACCCCGAAGACAAAGGCAUCCGAAAUGAGUUCAAGCUGCCGUUCAUAUCGACCAGCUCGUCGACGAUCAUCAUCAGGCGCAAGGGCCGGACCGCCACCGACGAUCCGCCCCAGCUCCAGCCCAGUCAUUCGUCGUCGUCGUUCCUGGGCGCACGCUCGCCGCAGCCGCAGCCGCCGCAGCUCCUCGGCGCGACCACGUCAUCACACGCGUCCCGCUCCUUCUCCGACCUGUCGACCAUUCAGCUCAGCACCUCGCCGCCGCCGGCCAAGGGCUCGACCCUGCGCCGCCCCCGGCCCGCGCCGGUGCUCCUCGCCGGCCCGCAGGCGAUCUUUUCGGCCGAAAAUUCGCCGUCGCUGGCGCCGUCGUCGCCGCCGCCCAUGCCCAAGCGCGAGGUCCCGGCCGCGCCCACGGCGGUGAUGACGUCAUCGCCCUCCUUACUGUCACUGGCCAUGCGGACUACCCCCUCGCCGCCGCUGAGCCCGUCGGGCAGCGGAGUCGUCGGACGACCGGCGCCGCCGAGGCCGACGCAGCCGCCGUCGUCGCCCGUCCACGCGCCAGUGGCGGGUGUCGCCAUCGUCAGCAGCAGCAGCGGCAACACGCGACAGUCGCCGACGGUGCCGCGCAGAGUCCACGGCGUCGGCCAACAGCCAACGUUGGCCCCGAUUCCGCCGAUCCCGGAGAGAAACGUGGCUCAACCUCACGUUGAAGCGCCACCCAGUCCCAGCGCCGCGCAAUCGCAAGAGACCACGAGCAGCAACUGGGAUGCGACGUUGAAGGAGGACCGCCCCCUGUGCUCCAACAGGCACUUUUGUACCAUCAAAGAUCCCCAGCACUGGGUCGAGUACAAGCACUCCACAUCUACGGCCGGAGUGAUGGCCAAGCUGCGCAACCCUCGGGCUCAAGGUGCCACCCAGUUCCAGUUCUUUGCUCCUCCUUGCUUGCUUGAUUGA